GCCGACAGCACAGCGGCGGUGCGGGGGUGAUGCCAGAAGGAGCCCGGCAUGCCGUACUUGGACCGACAGAACCGUAUCUGUGGGUUCCUGGACAUUGAGGAAAAUGAGACCUGUGGCAAAUUCCUGCGACGCUACUUCAUCCUGGACACGCAGGCCAACUGCCUGCUGUGGUACAUGGACAACCCGCAGAACCUGGCGAUGGGAGCGGGCGCCGUCGGCUCUUUGCAGCUCACCUACAUCUCCAAGGUCAGCGUCGCCACCCCGAAACAGAAACCCAAAACUCCGUUCUGCUUUGUGAUCAACGCUCUGUCCCAGCGCUAUUUCCUGCAAGCCAGCGACCAGAAGGACCUGCAGGACUGGGUGGAGGCACUCAACCGUGCCAGCAAGAUCACGGUCCCAAAGGGUGGUGCUGCUGCACCCCCCACCACUGAGGUCACGAAGCCCCCAGCCGUGCUGCAGGCACAGGACAGGAAGCCCCCGGUGGCCUACAAGACUGAAAUCAUCGGUGGGGUGGUGGUGCACACCCCCAUCUCCAUCAGCCAGAAUGGUGGGGAUGGAGCAGAGGGCAGCGACCCGACUGCACACCCCCUGCUGCGCCGCUCGCAGAGUUACAUCCCUGCCUCUGCCAGCAAGCCACCUGCAGGGCCACCGGCCAUCAAGACCGGCUUCUGUGUGAAGCAGGGCAACGUGAGGAAGAGCUGGAAGCGCCGCUACUUUGUCCUCGAUGAGUUUUCCAUCAGUUACUACAAAUGUGAGCAGGACAAGGAGCCGCUGCGUUCCAUCCUGCUGAAGGACAUCUGCAAGACCCACGAGUGCCUGGUCAAGUCCGGUGACCUCCUGAUGCGGGACAACCUUUUUGAGAUCAUCACGAGCUCCAGGACCUUCUACAUCCAGGCAGACAGCCCCGAGGACAUGCACAGCUGGAUCCGUGCCAUCGCAGGGGCGGUGCAGGCCCUGAAGACCCGCCCGAGGGAGAUCUCCUUCAUGCGCUCUUGUUCCAUGACCAAACCCGGGGGCAGCUCGGUGCCAUCGCAGCCGCAGGAGAGGAGAACACCUUGCAAGGCUCCAGCCACCGCCUGGCAGCCCUGGACGCCGGUGCCACAGGACAGGAGGCAGCCCGAGGUGCCCAGCCGAGAUGCAGUGUUCGUGCCGGCGCUGACGGAGCGCGAUGGAGCUCCUGUGCCAGGUCAGCGCCUGCGGCACCGCUCAGAGCCGCAGCAUCACAAGGAGAAGACGUUCCUCUUCGACCUGGACGAUGACAGCAUCCGGACCUCUGACGUCUGACGGUGCCUCUGUCCCACCGUGUGCCCCCUGUGUGGGUGUGUGGCAUCAUUUCUCCCCAAGCACCAAAUAUGGAAGACAGUGCAGGAGGGUUUGGAAGCACGAGGGGGGUGAGGCGGCCUUUCCUCUCUUUGGAAGAAUGUUCAUCUCCCUUCUGUGCCACUCGGUCUUUCCCAGCACAGCUGUGCCUGGAGCGGGAGCUGCGCUGCAGCCUGCAGUGUGGAUGAUGUUUCUUGGAGAUCGGCUCCAUGCACUGCCCGACUGAUGGGGUACCAGCACACCCAGGGGCAUCUAACUGCCUCCUUUUGUAUCUGUGGCCCUUGUUACAUCCCAGUGAGGUGUGCUGCUCCUGGGGGACAGUGGUGACCGGGGCUGUGGGUAUCCUCAGGUUGUUCUGGGGUUUGUUAGGCACCAAAAAGACCUGUCUGAGUGAAGUGCCAUGAGCACAAAGCAACAAAAGCUGAACGUGUAGAUGAACCCCGGGAGACUCGUCCAACCGCCCUGCACUGACUCAGAAUGAAAAUGAGAAGAACCUUUCUUAGCAGUGUGAGCCGGUCAUUUCCAUAAGCAAAUAUCCUCCUGUGGGAGGUGUGACACAUAGCACAUGGAAAAUGCAAGUCUUCCCCGUGGAGUGAUUGAUGCCUUCACCCCAACAGCACAUGUAGGAUGCCAUGGGUGCUGCAAGCAGUGCUUGGUGCUGUGUGCACUCAGAGCUGCAUGCAGGGCAGGGGCUCUGCUUCCCCUCCCAGUGCACCACAGCAGUGCUGGAGCUGAGCUGCCCAAACCUGCAUUGCAGCUGAAGGAUCAGGGCUGCAGGUGUGGGGCUGCACCGCAAGCCCAGCAGUGCUGGAGUGCUCUGCAGUUGGCAAGGUGUCCCUUUGCUUUGUGUAGUUAUCUUUUUUUUCUUUUGGUUAUUAUGCAUUUUCUGCUCUGCAAAAUCAGCCCAAUGCGGCAGGGUGUUGUCAGAUGGCAUUACUUUGCUUUCCCAUGUGUCUGUUGUGACCCAUGGAGAAGCAGCUGCAGAUACACUUUAUACAGUGAGGGAAGGUGAAUGGGAUCCCCCAAAGCAGGGGGCAAGAGCAGCUUUGUGCAGGAGUGCUGGAGAACACUGAUGAAAACGAGUGGAAAACAAUGCAAAUGGUCCCGGGAGAAUGUUAAUAUUUGUUAUUUAAUUGUAGAAACCUCAGUUACUCUGUUCCUUUUUGCCUUUUUCCUUUGUUUUUUGCCUUCGGCUGACCUCUGCUUGCUGGUUUGGUGCUCUGUUCCCUGGAGGUUUUGGGCUGUCGCUCACACUCACAGCACUGGGUGAUGUCGGCGCUCUGACCUCGUUUUGGGAACCCAUUAAAUGAUGGUUCCUUUGUGCAAGGCUUCAAACUCAGCACCAAGCCGUGUUGCUUAGCAAUUGCAAAGUUUCCUCAGGCCUGGGAUGGUGGAGCAGAAGCUGGUUGCACAAUUAAGGUUAAUUAUCCAGGAAGGUAACUACCUGUGGCUGCAGUGCUGUUGCAACACUCUCUCUUCUCCCAUUCCCACCCUCCUCAUCUCUGGGAUAGAAUGAUGCAUUGGUGGGAGAUGGGUGCAGGCUCCAGGGUUUUUGUAUUGGAAGUGAUGUGUGAGUUUGCUCUUCUGCAUGAAAAUGCCCAAACGGUUCCCAGCUGUGCUCCAAGUGCUCUUAGGGCUGGGGGUCCCUCAGCCUGCGGAUGGGUUUUGGCUGCAGAUGGAACUCUCUUUUGCCUCUUUGUAAAUAAAGAAGGAAACCCCAGGUGCUUUUCCA